CAUCUCCUCUCCUCCAGUUUCACAGGAAACCUGCCUCCUGGACCAGGUGCUGGAGCUGAUUAUGAAUGAGAAGCACGCCAACACCGCCAGCCUUUUCCUGAACGAGGACGCCGACAAGCCCUCCCUCCCUGAACGAGGCCUCUGGCAGUGGCUACAUAGGGCCAUGCAGAAGAGAGCGGCCAGUGCCAAGGACACGAUGAGCUCCAGAACUAAGGAGAGCGUCAAGGGCUUCCUGAGACGCAACCUCUUUGUCCUCCUCACCAUCGCAGCAGUGGCUCUGGGUGUCAUGCUGGGUUUCGCCCUGCGGCCCCACAACCUGACCCUCAGGAAGAUCAAAUACUUUGCCUUCCCUGGAGAGCUGCUGAUGAGGAUGCUGCAGAUGCUGGUUCUGCCUCUCAUCAUCUCCAGCCUGGUCACAGGUAUUUCCUCUCUGGACAGCAAAGCGUCUGGGAAGAUGGGAAUGCGGGCUGUGGUUUAUUACAUGGUGACCACCCUCAUCGCGGUCUUCAUUGGCAUCGUCAUUGUGAUUGUCAUAAAACCAGGGAAAGGCCAUAGGGACAGUCCAGUGGCCUCUAGCGGUACCAUCGAGCCGGUACAAGCAGCUGACGCCUUCCUGGAUCUCAUCAGGAACAUGUUCCCACCAAAUUUGGUGGAAGCCUGUUUCAAGCAGUACAAAACAGUCUACAAGAAGACCAUCUACACCAAGAACGUGACCAUUACCCUCAACCUGACUGACGCCCUAAACGCUACAGAGGCUGCCUUGGCUGCUAACAUGAGCAGAGUCCUGCAGACCAUCCAGGAGACAGUGGUGGAGACGAUCCCAGUGUCUGGUUCCUCUAACGGGGUGAACGCCCUGGGUCUGGUGGUGUUCUCCAUGUGCUUCGGCCUGGUCAUCGGCAGCAUGAAGCAGCAGGGACAGGCUCUCAGGGACUUCUUCGACUGCCUCAACGAAGCCAUCAUGCGCCUAGUGGCCAUCAUCAUCUGGUACGCUCCAGUGGGCAUCCUGUUCCUGAUAGCAGGUAAGAUCGUGGAGAUGAAGAAUCUGGCCGAGGUGGGAGGUCAGCUGGGGAUGUACACGGUGUCUGUCAUCGUGGGUCUGCUCAUCCAUGGCCUCUUCGUCCUGCCCAUGUUCUACUUCCUGGUCACCAGGAAGAACCCCUACACCUUCAUCGCUGGCCUGCUGCAGGCCCUCAUUACUGCCCUGGGGACAUCCUCUAGCUCUGCCACCCUGCCCAUCACCUUCCGCUGUCUGGAGGAGAACAACCAUGUGGACAAGAGAGUGACACGCUUCAUCCUGCCCGUGGGUGCCACCAUCAACAUGGAUGGCACUGCCCUCUACGAGGCUGUGGCCGCCAUCUUUAUUGCUCAGGUCAAUGACAUGGAACUCAACUUUGGCCAAAUCCUCACCAUCAGUAUCACAGCAACAGCUGCCAGCAUUGGAGCAGCAGGCAUCCCGCAGGCUGGUCUGGUUACCAUGGUGAUUGUAUUGACAUCGGUGGGACUGCCCACAGAGGACAUAACGCUGAUCAUUGCUGUGGACUGGUUCCUGGACCGACUGAGGACUACUACCAACGUGCUGGGGGACUCUCUGGGGGCGGGCAUCGUGGAGCACCUGUCACGCCAGGAGUUGCAGAGCCAGGAUGUUGAGGUGGGCAACUCGGUGAUUGAAGAGAACGAAAAGCCCUACCAGCUCAUCUGCCAGGAGAACGACUCAGUGAAGCACCACAACAGUGAGACCCCCAUGUAGGGGUCAGGACAGGGGAAUUUAUAGGCCCAGUCUGAAAACAACCACUAGCCUCUACUGUACUUCUUCUUUUAGUCAACAUUGCUUGAUCUAAUAUUUGUAUAUUUCUUAAUUCCAUUAUUUUACUUUUAGAUUAGUGUGUAUUGUUGUCAGAUACUACUGCACUGUUGGAGCUAGGAACACAAGCACUUCGCCACACCCAUAAUAACAUCUGCUAAAUAUGUGUAUGUGACCAAAACAAUUUGAUUUGAUUUUCAGUGUUUGUAGAUAUGGAAGAACUGGAUACAGUAGAUGUAAACAAUAUGGGGAAAGAUAUUGGAUGCCUAAGUUGAGCUAUCACCAAAUUGCUAACACCUAUCUGGUUAGCUUCAGAUCUGCAAACACUCUAGGGAUAGUGGUUUGGCAUUGUUUUGACACUCUUAACCAUAUCACCAACUCUUUUGGUAAUUUCAGUCCAAAUCUGAGUCCAUGGAUGCAUUGUCCACUCUAGAGGACACUGAUGAAAGAACUGGACAGGUGAAAUCACAUUUUCCAUAGAUAUCUAGCUCCCAUAUUGAUUUCACUUAUCCCAUGUUUUCAUAUCAGUAGAGAACACUUUAGACUGCUGUUGUGUACUCAGUAUCUGAUUCAUUUACAUGAACAAGAAAAUAAUUGCCAUUCAAUGACCUUUUUAAAUAUGUGAAUAAAUGGAAAAUCCAUCCA